CCACCUAUCUGAUGUGAGUGCAAAGAUAGAGUGCGCUGUAUAUGAAGCUGUCAGACAUGCACUCCUGUUGGCAGAGGGUGAUAUGGACCCUCUACUUCAGUCAACAAUGCAACUUUUGGACAGCUUCAAGACCUUACAGAGGAAAGGUGAGUGUAACACAUAUUGCCAUUUUGGCUCACGUUGUAAGCUUAUGGAAUCACAUACUUGUUUUUAUCGCACUUUGAAAAAGUGCUAUAUUGUUGUCGUCUUGUGCUGUUGGGCGGGCGGGCGUGCGGUCGGGCGGGACAUAAACCAAAUCUUGUCAUCAAAUUUCCAGGAUAACUGCUUACCUGUUCAACUUGAAAUUUUUACAGAUGCAAGAGCAGACUAGUACCAAGAUCUGAUUAGGUUAAGGGCAUGCUGGGUAAACUACGUGGUGGCCAUUUUGAAUUUUUCAACAAAUCUUGUCAUCAAAAUUCCAGGAAAACCACUUAUCCGUUCAACUUGAAAUUUUUACAGAUGCAAGAGCAAACUAUUGCCAAGAUUUGAUUAGGUUUUGGGUAUGCUGGCUGAAUUACAUGGUGGCCAUUUUGAAUUUUUCAAUUUGGCGGCCAUUUUGAAUUUUUCAACUUGCUCCAAAUUGACCAAAUUUUUUUUUAAAAAACAUCUACAAGUUCUCAGAAGUUCAAAUCUGACCUUAGAUUUCAGAUUUGACCUUUCAUUCACCUUCAGUGACC